GGAGGAGGAAGACCCUCUGGACUCUGGUAGACCUGAGACAGACGAGGCUCAGACAGCAACCAGGAGACCAAGAUGAAGAAGCUGGUGGUGAUUCUGCUCUGCCUGGUCCUGCUGACCGUCUGCACAGAGGCCAACCCCAUCAUCAAGGAGAGCUCUGCUAAACAGCUGCUCCGCAGUAAGAGACAGGACCGGCCCUCCAAACCAGGACACCCUGAUGAACCCAUGAGGGAGCACCUGCUCCACAUGCAGGCUCUGGACCAGAGGGCCCAGGAGACCAACAUGGAGAACUGGCUCAACCCCCACUGCUACCCCCGCUGUGACAGAAACUACGGCUGGCCCGUCUGAUCACGGUGAUGA